AAGUUCUGUCUGUUCGCAAUUUUCACUCACGUCGUCGUCAUCGGCGCUUAUCGGAGUUAUUUAUUUGUAGAAAAAUCCGUAUUUUCUGUAUCUUUUCGCGCAAGUGCUUGUGGUUCUGGUAGGGAGAGGUGAUUUUCCUACAACCGACUAAUCAUUCUCAAGUGCAAGUACGGUUUUUUUGAUAGCAAAACCAGACGUCGCUAUCGCAAACGACACGUAAACUUGGAAAAGGCGUUUCACGUCAUUUUCAUCGCGGUGCUAGUCCAUCAGUCACCGAUGGGCUGUACGGGACAGUGGUAGAAAAAAGUUUUCAACUCAAACUGUUGAGGUUGCAAUUUCCGGCGUUUGUUGAUUUCACAUCUGAUCAACACUAAAAAACCCCUCGGAUAUUACAGACGAACACCGUCGUAACAUCAAACCCGGCAGUAGCAUCAACGUAACGUCGUAGCUUUUUCCCACGGCGACAUCCACAACCCUCACCAGCACAUCCGGAGCAAGGUACGCUUGUUCUUAUAGGUUAGGAUUGUUGGCUUUCUUUAAACAAGCAAAGCAACAGAAACAGCAACCGGAAGCCGCCCGCAACCAUGGGGAACGUAUUCGCGAAUCUGUUCAAAGGGUUGUUCGGUAAGAAGGAGAUGAGAAUACUGAUGGUCGGAUUGGAUGCUGCCGGUAAAACCACAAUCCUGUAUAAACUAAAAUUAGGAGAAAUUGUUACAACGAUUCCUACCAUUGGUUUCAACGUGGAGACUGUAGAAUACAAAAACAUUAGUUUUACAGUAUGGGACGUGGGUGGUCAGGACAAGAUUCGGCCACUGUGGAGGCAUUACUUCCAGAACACACAAGGACUUAUCUUCGUCGUGGACAGUAACGACAGGGAGCGUAUCGGCGAAGCUCGGGAAGAACUGAUGCGAAUGCUAGCGGAGGACGAGCUUAGAGAUGCGGUUUUACUUAUAUUUGCAAACAAACAGGAUCUACCAAAUGCAAUGAACGCCGCAGAGAUCACCGAUAAGCUGGGCCUGCAUUCGCUGAGAAACCGCAACUGGUACAUUCAGGCGACCUGCGCAACCAGCGGCGACGGUCUGUACGAGGGUCUCGACUGGCUGUCCAACCAGCUGAAGAAUGCUAAUCGUUAAGGAAGGGAACUAAAGCAAGAAGAGCAGCCUCGACAGGACGCGCGGUGCAGGACGCGAACUAGCAGUGCGAGCGAGCGAGAUCGAGAUACAUAUUAAGCAAGAGCGAAAGAGAAGAGAAGAAAAGCUCCGAAGAAGAUGAAGAUAACGAUGAUGAGAUAGGGAAACCAACAAAUAAUGUAGCAAAAAAACAAAAAAACACAGAAAACCAACUCCCUCUUAAAGAAAAUAAGGAAAAACACUAAAAUGCAGAAGCCAGCCAGGUGACGUGUGUGUGGAUGAUUAUAUAAAAAAGAAAUAAUAUAAAGUAAUAUAAUGAUAAAAAUAAAGGGAAUCACACAGAAAAAAAUACAAAAAACAGAAGCUGACGCGUAUUGAAUAAUUUAGCAUGUGAGAAUAAAACAUAAGCUAAGCUGUGCAAGAAAUAGAGAUACAAGUGAGCUGAAAUAAAAGUUGGCAAAGGUGUAAGUGAAAAACAAACGAACAACUUGUGCUUAUUAUUGAUUGUUCUGCGCAACCACAGCAGCGUCCCGUAGCUUUUUCGCAGCUGCGGUAUGAAAAAAGAAGGCAUUAUCGGUCCUGUUAUACUAUUCUGAAACUUUCGUAAGGAUCGCUUUUUACUAUCAUUCUGGCUUGUGCUGGCGGGAAAUUGAUUUCUACCCGUUGGGAAUGCGUAAGUAAAGGCUGCCUCAUCGUUUAGCGACAAUUUAUUUUUCCAUUGUGCAAAGGGACUCGUUUAUGUUUCACCUGUUCGAGGGUAUAUUAAAAUUAACUAAAAUAGUUUUUAUUUAUUAUUGCUCCUUCCUUUAUUAGUACUCGAUUGAUGACUAGUAUACAGUUAUUGAGAAGAAAAGAAACAUUCGCAUACGGAUAAGAACACUAGAAGAUGAGAGAAGAUUUUGAUUGCUUAUAUUUCGUGAAACGGAUACGUCUAGGAUGGCUUUUCAGCAAAGGCGAUUUCUUUAGGAUUCAAUUCUUGACAUUAAAACAUUAAAAUCACACAACAUGCGUGCAAGUGCAACAAACGAAAACAAAAAAAAAUGGAAGAGACUGCAGAUAUCACUGUCAUGCCCUAUUUCGGAGAAAAUCCUUUCGCUUAGAAAUGCAAAAUAAAAAAAACGUAAGGGAUUAAAUCCGUGACAAAUGGAAGUACAGACAGAGCUAAUGACAGCAACAGUAACCAAUAAAAGACGCUACCAAGUUGAAAAGAAUCACUGUAACAGCAUCAGCAGAAGAAACAAAAAUAUCCGGAAAUGACAUCCGAAAACGUUCAUUCAGAAUCAGUUUAAGGAAGAAAUUACAGCUACAAGUGUAACAGUUACGUUUAAUUAAGAUGAAUAAAACACUAUAUAUAGACGAA